AUGCCGCCUCGCCAGUGGAUUGAUAAGAAGAACGCGAGCACUUUCCAGCUCUUCCAUCGGUCUCAGAAUGACCCGCGCAUCAACGAUCCUGAAGCGGAAGAUCGAGUCCUCCACCAGGUCGGCGGUCCCGCUCCUGCUCCUGUCCCCUCUGGAGCAUCGACAUCCUCAUCGAAGCCCUCCCGAAGCCUCGCAGAUCUCCAAACAGAAUUCAAUAAUAAAGCCAUCCGUCAGAAUGAGGGCGAGGCCGCCAACCAUGGAAUUUAUUACGAUGAUUCCCGGUACGACUACAUGCAGCAUUUGCGUGAAUUAGGUACUGGUGGUGGCGAUGCUCACUUCGUCGAGGCUAAGGCAGAGAAGGCAAAGGGCAAGGCCAUGAGGUUGGAGGAUGCAUUGCGCCAGGUCUCUCUGGAUGAUGGUUCGCAAAGCGCAUACGGUGCUAGUGAAUAUGGUGACAUGCGCUCAAACUUCACCUCAUACUCUCGGAAGCCGACAUACCAGGACCAGCAGAAUGUUCCUGAUGCGAUCGCAGGUUUCCAGCCCGACAUGGACCCGCGACUUCGCGAGGCUCUGGAGGCCCUGGAAGACGACGCAUAUGUGGAUGAUGACGAUGAUGAUGUUUUCGGCGAUCUGACAGCCAAUGCCGAGGAACUGGACCAGGGAGACUGGGAGGAUACAUUGUUCGACCACGAGGAAGAGGACGGUGGCUGGGAGUCGGAUGCGACCGAGAAGGCGCCCGUGCAGAAAGACAGCACCGAUACUCACAUCGACGAAGACGUAUCAGAAUUCAACAAGGAUGUUCCUCCAGGUGAACUGCCCGAGCACGAUCAACCGGCUCCGGAUAUGCAUCCUGUAGACCAACAAAGCUGGAUGCAAGAGUUCUCCAAAUUCAAGAAGGACGCCAAAGGUGGUAACGCCCCCAAACCAGCUGCUCCUACUAUUGCACCCUCCGAGCAGCAGACCACUGCUUCCACUGCUUUCACAAUCGGUGGCACACCUAUUCGCCGGAAGAAGCGUAAGGGUGCUUUGACCAACCCCUCCGCCUACUCCAUGACAUCCUCUGCCUUGGCACGUACCGAGGGGCACCGACUCCUGGAUGACCGAUUUGAGAAGGUCGAGCAACUUUACUCUUUGGACGAAGAGGAUGAGUAUGAUGAUAGCAUGUCUAUGAUCAGUGGUAUGACCGGUGCCACUGGAAUGACCGGCAUGUCCACUGCAUCUUCUCUAGCACCAAGCCUCGUCGACGGCAACGGAGAAGCUGUCUCACGGAGCGAUUUCCACAACGUCAUGGAUGACUUUUUGGCCGGCUGGGACGACAACACCGGUCCCCAGGCCAAGCGGAAGGGAGUCAAGUACAAGCGUGGCAAGCACGGAAAUGAGGCCAUUGGCAUUCGUAUGCUUGAGGAAGUCCGCUCUGGUCUUGGUCCAGCUCGGUUCUCCAGCAAGCCUCGUGGCGUCCCUGGAAAAGUUUAG